AAUUUUAUAAGAAGGAUGGCGAUUAGAAAACACCCUUCUAAUUCGUGAAAAGAUCACCUGAUUUGCUCGAGUAAGAUUGAAUCCCAAAAUGCUGACUCUCACCAUCUUCUUCAUCUCACUCCUCCAUCUUCUCCUCCCCACCACCACCACCACCGCCCCAGCCUACAAUGCCACUGACAUCAUCCUCCUUGACUGCGGCUCACCGUCCAAUACUACGUCAGUGGAUGGCCGAAGCUGGCAUGCCGAUGCGGGAUCUAUAUAUUCCUCCUUCAACGACUCAAACUCAUCAUUUUCUUUAGAUACCUUCCACCAAGACCCUUCGGUUCCCACAGUUCCGUACCUCUCUGCACUCAUCAUUAAAUCUAAAUUCACCUACAGCUUCCAUGUCUCCCCUGGCCCAAAGUUCCUUCGUCUCUACUUCUACCCAGAAAAAUACUCCACUCUUGACAUGACCACUUCCUUUUUCUCCGUCACUGCCAAUAACUACACCCUCUUGAAAAAUUUCAGUGCGCAUACGCAUCUGAUGACCAACGAGGACUUCUUGAUCAAAGAAUUCAUUGUUCCUGUGUGGGACAAUAAGAUUCUUAAUGUAACCUUCAUCCCUGCUCGGAACUCUUACGCUUUCAUUAACGGCAUCGAAAUCGUUUCCAUGCCAAGCGGCCUCUACUUAAGCCGAAAGGAAAUCACACAAGUGACUCUAGUCGUUGGCCAAUUCUUCUUUUUGGAUAAUACCACCACCUCACUGGAGACUCUUUAUCGGCUGAAUGUUGGCGGAAACCGCAUUGAGAAUGUGAAUGAUACAGGAAUGUAUCGAACCUGGAGUCAAGAUGGAGAUUAUCUCAUCGGAUCAAACUGGACUAUUUGGAACAAAUCUAACCGGCUUCAAUUUACAACAAGGACACCGGCGUACACCGCACCUGAGGAAGUUUACACUACCUUGCGUAGGAUGGGCAACAAUUUUUGGUUGAAUUUGAAAUCCAACAUGACCUGGAGGUUCUCCGUUGAUCCGGGGUUCUUCUACCUCAUUAGGCUUCAUUUCUGUGGGCUUCUGGAGAAUAUCACACGCUCGGACCAAUAUGUUUUCGACAUAUUCAUCAACAAUCAAACAGCGGAAAAAAACAUAGACAUGUUUUCUAUGAGCGGCGGCAAUGGAUUUCCAAUGUUCAAAGACUAUAUUGUUUUGGCUGACAACAGGAACCAGGGAAGGGACCUCUGGCUAGCGCUGCACCCUGCUCCAAGCGCAGUAAUUAUGGAUGCCUUUUUGAAUGGUUUGGAGAUUUUCAAACUAAAUCAAUCUGAUGGUAACCUAGCUGGAUCCGAUCCAGACUCGCACCAAAAGUUACUUGAAGGCCCAAAGAGUAAGCCAACGUCAAUAAUUUUGCCAAUCAUUGGAGCUAUUCUCGGUGGUUUUGCUCUGGUUUCUCUCCUCGUGAGCUUUUUCGUUUUUCAAAGACAAAGAAAACUGAAACAUUCGCUCUCUUUCACAUCAAAGUUCUUUACCACAAAAACCUCCUCCUCGUUACCAUCUGAUAUCUGUUGUCACUUCUCAAUCGCCGAGAUCAAAGCAGCCACCCAAGAUUUUGACGAUGCGCUUCUAAUCGGAAGUGGAGGAUUUGGAAACGUUUACAGAGGGAUUAUCAAUGGUGGGACCACCAUUGCUGCAAUCAAACGGUUAAACCCUUCAUCAAGGCAAGGGGCCCACGAGUUCCACACCGAAAUUACCAUGCUUUCAAAGCUUCGACACAUGCAUCUUGUUUCUCUGAUUGGAUACUGUGACGACCACGGUGAGAUGAUCCUAGUGUACGAUUACAUGGCACGUGGCACACUUCGUGAUCAUCUCGACAAAACCAAGAAUCUGCCAUUAUCAUGGAAACAGCGACUAGAGAUCUGUAUUGGAGCGGCGCGUGGGUUGCACUAUCUCCAUAGAGAGGCAAAGGAGGUUAUCAUCCACCGCGAUGUGAAAUCAUCUAAUAUCUUAUUGGACGAAAAUUACGUGGCAAAGGUAUCAGAUUUUGGUUUGUCGAAACUGGGUCCUACAAGCGCGUCCGAGACCCACGUCAGCACAGUGGUGAAGGGUAGUUUCGGGUAUAUAGACCCAGAAUAUUAUCGCCUGCAGCGACUAACAGAGAAAUCUGACGUGUACUCUUUCGGCGUGGUCUUAUUUGAGGUGCUGUGCGGCAAGCCUCCGGUCUUCGAGACGCUUUCGGAGGAGAAAGUGGGCCUGGCCCAAUGGGCCCCUAGUUGUUGUCAAAAUGGAAGCCUUGAUGAAAUCGUGGACCCGUAUCUGGCAGGCCAGAUUGCGCCGAUGGCCUUGCAGAAGUUCAGUGAGGUCGCGGAGAAUUGUGUUCGUGAACGUGGAAAUGAACGUCCGACAAUGAGGGAUAUCGUGUGGGCAUUGGAGUUUACAUUGCAGCUUCAGGAAACCGAAGAAGAAAACACGAAUGAUAGUGAUGCUAUCAUCACCGAUGAGGGUUCAAGUCAAAACACGACCCUUAAGUGAAAUUAGUCAAUUAUAUAAUAACACGUUAUGUUGUAAACUUACAAUACCAUUCAACAUUAUAACCAUAUCACUUUUGUAAACAAAGGUCAAUUUUUAUU